AAUACAUAUAGCAUAAAUAGGUAUAUAGUACAAAUAUAUCAAUUGACCACAUAGCAAAGGAUAUGUGCUCGUGUAGUCGCUAAUUGUAGUGUCUUAAAUAGUAGUUAUAUUUUAUAUCUUAGUAGCCAAGAAAUUUUUUAAAAAAUGAAUAUAGUUAAAGAAGAUACAAUGAAUAAUUCAAAAUCAAAUGAAUUUAUUAAACCAAAAGAAAAAAAAAGGCGACAUGUGAAUGAAAGUCGUAUGGAAAUAUGUGUACCUGCUCAUAGGUACACUCCUUUAAAAGAAAAUUGGAUGAAAAUAUUUACCCCCAUUGUGGAACAUUUGCAAUUGCAAAUAAGAUUUAAUUUGAAAACACGAAAUGUAGAAUUACGGACAGCUUCAGAAACUCCGGACAUUGCUAAUUUGCAAAAAGGAGCUGAUUUUGUUAAGGCAUUUAUUUAUGGUUUUGAUGUGGAAGAUGCUUUAGCUUUAUUACGUUUAGAUGGUUUGUUUGUAGAAACAUUUGAAAUUCAAGAUGUAAAGCCUUUAAAAGGUGAUCAUCUUUCUAGAGCAAUUGGAAGAUUAGCUGGAAAAGGUGGAAGAACAAAGUUUACGAUAGAAAAUGUAACAAAAACUAGAAUUGUAUUGGCAGAUAGUAAAAUUCAUAUACUUGGUUCUUUUCAAAACAUACAAUUAGCAAGAAGGGCUAUAUGUAACUUAAUUUUGGGUAGUCCCCCAUCAAAAGUUUAUGGACAACUUAGGAAUGUAGCAAGUCGAAUUUCAGAACGAUUGUAAAAUAAAAAAUUGAAACAAAUACAUUAAUUUAUUAUAUAAUUUGAUAUCAAAUCAAUAUAAAUUCAUUAAUUUAAAGAAGUAUUUGA